AUGAACACACUCAGUCACAAACUACACCAGAUUUUCGUGAAGCAUUUAAUUAUUUGUAGGAAAUCAGGUGAAACAGAACGAAGAUGGACACCAAUCAUAUUAAAUUCUGCGAACUUUCCAUCAGGUAAUGUUAUGUAAAUCCAGAGUGCAAUAAUAUACAAUAUCGGACCACGGGAACAACACGCACAAAACAAAAACUAGGCAUGGGGAAUUGCGGAGUAAAAGAUAAACCUGGUCUUAUAAUCGUAGGCAUAUUACACUGGAAAUGUUUUUCAAAAUCGUUACUAUGUAAAUAAUAUGGAACUUAGUUGAAAAUAGUGUGGAAAUCCAAUUCUCAUACAAAUUGCAAUUUCCAUACUAUGGAUAUAGUGCCAAAAUAAAACUGAUAAAAAAUAGAGAGCUACACGUGGAGGAAAUGUUCAUUCGUGACAAAAUAUUCAACACGUUGGAUAUUUGUCUUACGCGUCACGAGUGACGAAAACGUACAAAAGUGCACCGCAAACGAGAGCUUUCUCCUUGCGCCAACAGUCACGAAAGACAUUUUGCUAAGCACAUAGCUCUAGUGUGCGCCGGGCUUAACAAAGGUUGAAUGGCAGUAGAUGUCUUAUGAGAUGCUCCAAAUGAUUUAAUCUUGUUCUAUGUAUAGGCACUAGUGAAGGCUUGAAAAGAGAGAACACGUGGGAGUACAGAAGAGAACCCCAAGUAUCUCGACCAAGACGACACCAGUCUGCUCAGGUGCAUAAAUCUGUAAAUACUUUGUGGCCUUUUGUCUUGUUACAGGUGACACAUUUACGAAAUCAUAGACUGUUGCAAUGAAUCAUCUAAAACACCUUUAUAUAAUUAGGUCAUCAGUAACAAGAUAAAUACAGUAGCUCCAACGCCGAAACCUCAAUCACGAAAACGAGGCUCUAUAGCCCAGUGGGGAUUUACUAUUUUGCAUAUUAUGCGAUGCAUGUUUACUAUUUAAUUAAAGCCCAUUUUCCACUAGGCGAAUUUGUUCGCGCGAAGCGAAAAACAAAUCUUGGCGAUGUGAUUAGUCAGGAAAAAAUUAGCCUCGAGAAUGUUGGAUCAGUUCCUACUUUUUUACAAAUUCGCCUAGUGGAGAAUGGGCUGUUGCAUUACGCAAUUUUUCGUGCAAGUUACAAUUUUUCUUAAUGAUGUUGCGAAACAAGUCUCAUUAACGAUUGUAACCAGGGAUGCAUUUACUGGGGGGUGCACCCCCUAGCCCUUGCUAGAGGGGGUGCAGGGGGGGGUGCAUUUUUCAUGAUAAAGCAAAAAAUUAUUAGAGACAAAAUGAGAUACAGUAAUUUGAAUAAUAACAUGAUGAUAAGCGAACUGUGAACAACUAUUACAAUUCAAAUACAGUAGUCAAGCAAGACUUUGCAGUGGUGAAGCAAGUUGAUGGGCGGGCCGCGGGCGGCACACAUGACCGACACAACUCGGCACCAGAGCUGGCAGAGCACCACCCCUCCCCGAUAAUGCUAGCGCUGGAUCCAUCCGUGAUUGUAAGAUUGCUUACAAUGGCCAAAAUUAUUGCGAGAAGAGUUAGAAGUGGCAUCUACUUUUAGCAACGGUUGCGGGGGUAGGGAUGAAAGCGGAUGCGGAUAUUACGGAUGAGAAAAUGCGGAUGGGAAAAUGCGGAUAAGAGGAUAAAACACGGAUGAGGGAAUAAAAUGCGGAUGAGAUGGUAAAUUGCAACGUGUAACAGCGGCUUUACAUCUUUGUGCAUGGCCACGAAUGUAAACAUUCAUUAUUGGGGAAAGCAGCGCUUCUUCAUGACGUCAUUAGUGCUAAGUAAAACAACACAAAGUACUGUAAACCCAAUGUGUACCCAGACAGCACUUUCCUUGCGAGUUCCAUAUAGUUUUAAUUUAUUUGGACAUUUGUAUUGUAACAUAAGUGCUAACAACGUUUCUUUUCUCUGCACACAGGCAAUAUUAAAGCCAAAAUGAACGUCUUGAACUACGCAAAGAAGUGGUAUUUAUAUUGUAUAUCUAUUUAUUUUUUAUAUUUAUUUUUCAUUAUUUAAUAA